ACCACAAAUAGAAUAUAUUGUUGCAUUAGUUGGGAGAAUUUCUAAUCCACUUUGACCGCACUACAUAUUCCCAUGGUGCAACUCCAGAUUGGAUAUGGAAUUUUAUUGUCACAAUUUCUUGAUUGAAUGAUGGCGGGAACAGAUUCCUCUAAGCCCAGUAACCAGCAGAGGGUAAGGCAACAGGGUUCAGUUCCAUUUCUUUGGGAAGAGAAGCCUGGAACACCAAAGAAAGAGUGGAAAUCUCACUCCCAGGCUAUAACAGUAACCACAAUUUUACCUCCAGCGAAGCUUGUUGCUUCAGUUCCCUUCAAAUGGGAGGAAAUUCCUGGGAAACCACUGCCCUGUUUCUCCCAGCCAGAACCAGAUUCACAGUUUCUUACCCUUUCCCCAGUUAAGCUAAAUGGUUUCCCAUACCUUUCCAUAUUCUCUUCAAGCACAUCAUCCUCAACUACAACUUGUGACAAGUUGACCAACAUAUUUCAAAGGGGGAUUGCGGAAGAUGAGGAAGAGGAAGGAGGAAUGUCUGAAUUUGAUCUUGACUCAUUAGGCUUCCACACAGAUGAGUCUAUCGUUGUUCCUGUGCAACAAUCUCCGGUGAAGGGAAGUUCUCAACAUGGAACCCCAUCCUCACCAACAUCUGAAACUGAUAGUGAUGCAAGUAGCUAUGCAACUGGACGGACAAGCCUUGUCGGAGCUUCUUUCUUGGAAUGCCUUUUCCCCCUGAUUUCAACAGAUUGUGAUCCUGAAGGAGGCUGUCAUGAAAUGAAUACUUCUCCAGCGCAACAGACCAAAGAAUCCAAUGGUGAAAGCAAUUGCAACUUACUGGUACGAAGACCACCAACACUUGGAGAGUUAAUACUGAUGAGCCGCAAAAGAAGUUACAAUUGGAAUGCCACUCAAACAAGGAAGGAGAGCCUAGCGUUGGGAUUCAUGAAGAUGAGCGCUUUCGGAUGCUGCUUCUUUGGAACCAGUGGAAGGGCAACAGGAUUGAUGACUUGUCCAGGGGGCGACAGAUGCAGAUGCUUAAACUGUCAUAGAAGACGAUCAGUCUUAUUUCUAGUUUUAUGGUCCAGCUGAAAUCAGUUAUUUGUAAUUUCUCUUCUGAAUCCCCUUAACGUUCACCCUUCAUCACUGGACCCAUCUGCAAAAGGUCUAUUCUAUGUUCUACAGUGUAGUUACUUCUUGAAACUCC